AUGAUAAAUGAAUAUCAAGAAAGCGAAAAAUUGAUUAAAAAUAUUAAAAAGUUAAAUGAAAGUAUAAAUGGGUUAAAAGAAGCUUUCGAUAGUAAAAAUAAUGAGAACAAGGUAAUUGAAGGAAUUAAAAAUUUAGGAAACCGGUUAGAAUUUAAAAUAAUUUCAUUAGGACAAGAAACCAAAGCUUGCAAAACUUUAAAAACCCAAUUAAAAGAAACUCAACUUCAAUUAGAAACAACUCGUAACUAUUUAACUAAAGAAGCAGAUAAUCAUCGUAAAACAAAAGAGCGAUUAGCUACUACGCAAUAUAAUUUAAAAGAAACUAAUUUUCAAUUAGAAACUAUUUAUAAUUAUUUAAUCAAAGAAGCAGAUAAUCAUUAUCAGGAAGAGACUAAACGUCAAUUAGAAACCAUUUGUAAAAAUUUUAUCGAAGAGGUAGGAAGGCAUCGUGAAACCAAAGAGCAAUUAGCAACUACAAAGAAAGUAGUUCGUCAUAUUAAAAUCAGAGAGCAAUUUGAACAUUUAAAUGAAAUAGAUCUUGCUAAUAAAGAUCAUGAAGAAAUUAAACGUCAUUUAACUGAAGAAACAGGUAGAUAUCUUAAAACUAAAAAGCAAUUAACUAUUUUGCAGGCUAAAUUAGAUCGUGUCAAUAUCAUACAAGAAGUAUUGAAUCUAUUAAAGAAUAGGAAAA